AUGUCUUCCGGUGCUCCUCUCGAGAUUGUGGACGUCGCCGCGGCACACGUACCAGACUCGAAGGACGAGCGCAUUUUUGAAAAGCGCGAGUCACUCAGCUCUACCAAAGACGAUCUGGUUGGUCCUAAUGGCGAGCUGUAUCCCACGGAUGAAGAGUGGGCUUCGCUCCGCCGAGUGUAUGGCAAAGUGAAUUGGAUGAUCUAUAUUAUCGGUAUUGUAGAGAUGUGCGAACGAUUCGCCUACUAUGGCACCACCGCUGUUUUUGUCAACUUCAUCCAACAAUCUCUACCAACCGAGGGACCAUUCCCCGAAGCUGGUGCUGCUGGCACCAAUGGUCAACCAGGAGCUCUGGGUAUGGGACAAAGAGCCUCAACCGGACUUGUGCAGUUCAAUCAGUUCUUCUCUUAUAUCAUGCCUAUGAUUGGUGGGUGGCUUGCUGAUGAAUAUUGGGGAAAGUUUAAAACUAUUUACGUCGCAAUCGUCGUGGCCACGUUUGGACAUAUCCUCAUUCUCAUCGCUGCUAUCCCACAAGUAAUUGCUUCACCGAAAGGAGCUCUCGCCUCGUUUAUCCUUGGCCUCAUCCUCUUCGGUACAGGCGUGGGAUUCUUCAAGGCUUGCAUUUCGCCGCUUAUCGCUGAACAAUACGAAGCUUCUCACCCCAGAGCAUAUAUCAGGACCGAAGCUAAUGGCGAGCGUGUCAUCGUCGAUCCAGGGAUCACGUACUCUCGCAUCUACAUGCGCUACUACCUACUGAUCAACGUCGGAGCUUUGGUCGGUCAGAUUUCUAUGGUGUAUGCUGAAAAAUACGUGGGUUUCUGGCUGUCUUACCUCCUACCGACCAUUCUCUUCAUCUUCUGUCCGAUUCUUAUGAUGGCCUUCAGUAGGCAUUAUGUCAAGAAGCCGCCGCAGGGAGACGUCGCCAUCAAGUCUUUGCGUCUCUAUGGGCUUGCACUGAAGGGCCAAUUCUCGCUCAACCCCAUCCGCACUUGGAAGAACCUCUCCUCUCCUGAUCUUUGGGAGAAUGUCAAACCCAGCAGGGUCUCAAACAAACCCAAGUGGAUGACUUUUGACGAUGCUUGGGUGGAUGAAGUGCGUCGUGGUUUCAAAGCUUGUUAUGUCUUCCUCUGGCUUCCAAUCUUCUGGCUUCCGUACGGACAAAUGACUUCCAAUCUCGUCUCGCAAGCGUCGACAAUGGAACUCAACGGCGUCCCAAACGAUAUCAUCCACAACCUGAACCCCAUCACGCUUCUCAUCAUGAUCCCAAUCUUCGACAAAUUCAUCUACCCGGCGAUAGCCCAUGCAGGUCUCAACUUCACGCCGCUUAAGAAGAUCUCAGCUGGAUUUGUGUUCGCGAUGUUCAGUAUGAUUGCAGCUGCAGUCAUUCAACAUUCCAUCUACCAGAAGUCGCCCUGUGGAAAGUACCCAGGCACAUGCGAUGAGCCACCGAACCUAUCGGUGUGGGUGCAGACUCCGGCUUAUGUCAUGAUUGCCUUUUCAGAAAUCUUUGCUUCCAUCACCGGUCUAGAAUACGCCUACACCAAGGCGCCCAAAAACAUGCGCUCGCUGGUAACGGGUGUAUUCUGGUUCACUCACGCGUUUUCCUCAGCCAUCGCUCAGGCAUUUGUUCCACUGGCCGAUGAUCCGCUUUUGGUCUGGCUCUACGUCUCCAUUACUAUCUUGACUUUCAUUGGCUGGGUUGGCUUUUCGUGGACUUUCAGGUCUUUAGACAAGGAAAAUGAUGCGCUCGACAAGUUGCCUGAGGGAGGUUUCCAGUCAGGAUCGGAGAGCGGCUCGGCGAAUAAUGUUGUGGUGAACAAGGCGUGAGAAAACGAAGGUCUAGAUCAUUCAAUUCGACCAGACGGACCUCAGGAGUACAGCCAAGUCAACUGAGCGAUCAUUGUACACCUAAACAAUCAAGGUGGGGCGUAGCUUAAUACUUUCAAUAUUCAUGGCUCGUUG